CAUUCUGCCACUCAUAUCAUCACAUCAUCAAUCGUUAUCACACCAUCCAUCACUGCCCUCCAACCCAGCUGUUGACUACUUCGAGCAACGGUCAUCGUCAAACCAUCUCACAACACAAAAGAAAAGAAAAAAAAAAAGGAAACUUAUCAAAACAUCAAAGUAAUAAUAUCUUACAUACCUAGAUGGUCAAGAACGAUGGCUCAAGCGACUGGCCAGAGGUCGAUCAGCCAUUCGAAACUGAGGAUGAAGACCUCUGUCCCCUCUGUAUGGAAGAAUUGGAUAUCUCUGAUCUCAACUUUCGGCCCUGUCCAUGUGGUUAUCGAAUCUGUAGGUUCUGCUGGCAUCAUAUCAAGGAAGAUCUCAACCGAAGAUGUCCCGGCUGUCGUAAGGAAUAUGAUGAUAGCGUGGUCGAGUUCAAGCCGAUGAAACCUGAGGAAUUGAAACGAUUACAACAGGCUAAGAAACAGCGCGAGAAGGAACGUAAAGAUCAAGAGUUGGUCAAUCGAAAGCAUCUGGCAAAUGUUAGAGUCAAGCAGAAGAAUCAAGUCCAUGUCCAGGGGCUGACUACUAAGGUCGCUAACGAAGACACCCUGGCUCAGUUAAAAACAAGCGAUCUGUUUUCUCAAUACGGUCGAAUCCAGAAGAUGUUCAUGUCCAGGCGGACGGGAUCUACGAGCCUCUUCACCCCAGAUGCAAGAUACCAGCACGUGAACCUCUACAUCAACUUCUCCCGGAAUAAUGAGGCUCUGGCCUGUAUUCAUGGUGUAGAUGGUCUGACUCUACCCGAUGGACAUCGCUUGAAAGCUACUCUGGGUAGCACUAAAUAUUGCGCAUCCUUCUUGAGGGGUCUUAAAUGUACAAACGAUAACUGCACGGGCGCUCAUGAAUUGGCAGAGGAGGUCGAAGGAGGUGGUACGGCCGCCAGAGAAGAAAUGUCCACCGCUCGGCAUGCUCAGAAAGAAAGUGAAAGUCGCUAUCCUUCCAGGGCCAACCUUCAUCACCCAACACACGCUUCCACCUCAAACUCGGCUCAUCCCAACUCAUCUGGUGUUGCAUUACCUGCUACAGCAUCCUGGGCGACCAAGUCGGCCUCGAUCAGUCAGCCAGCCUCUCCAGCCCCAGCCCCAGCUCACCCUCUCGCCCUUCAUCCUGGAACCCCCAAUGGCAACUCGGUUUCACGUCCAUUUUCCAAACCUCCUGGUAUUCCAUUGUCAAAAUCAACACAUCCACUCCCUCCCAAACCCCGGCCGAGCAGUUCUUCUGAAGAUGUCAAUCCCCGCCCUGUCGAUCCAUCUGGCCAUAUGACCUUAAAUAAGAAUAGUGAAGCCACAACAGCUAACUCUAACCAAGGGAAACCCUCAUCGCAAGUCCCCCAAUCGAUUGCUACCCAACAAAAGGAGCAAAUCUUGGAGCGAGUAUCAUCAGAUCCCAGUGCAUCCAUACCCUCUGGUUCCGGACCCAGUACAUCGAAUGUCGCGUCUCAAACUCCUUCUAAUAAUGUCAUGUCGAGCAGCUCUCAUCCACCAGGCUUACUCCCCCCAGGUUUGACCCCACAGGCCAUGGACCAUGCUAAUCGAUCGACACCCUCGUUACCUCCUGGCUUGACACUUCCAUCCAAUUCAACAAACGACUCAAGCUCGAAUUCGUGGCAAAACUCAUUUGAUCCCCUAGGCUCACUCGAUCUGAAACGGGCAGAGAAAUCUUGGGUCGAUCCUCUGUCAGACGAUCUUGCUAAUGUAUUAUCAACUUUCUCGCCCAACUUUGGUGAUUCUCGGCUCUCGAUCUUCGCCAAUAGUAAUGAUGGCCCAUUCGACUCUUCAAGAUCUUUCGGACCGUCAGGUUAUUCUGGAACAUUCAAUCCAUUUGCAGACACUGACUUUCCAUCGACAAAGGAUGAGGGAUCGUUGUUUGGUAUACAAGCAGAUACCUCGACUCCACGCGCCGAAAGCUCACUGAACGAUCGGCGAGGCUCCCGGUUUGGAUUUGCUCGACGAGAUUCAUCUGGCUCGGUCUUCGUACCACCAGGGAUGGCAUCUUCGCCCCUUCGAAGCAUCUUCUCGCACCAGAAUAAUGAACCUGAGAGUCCGAAAGCGCUACAUAAUCAGCUCCAACGACUCGGGAGAGCGGCGCCGAUGGGAUCCACACGUCCGCAAGACUUGGCUACUCAUCUUGGAAAUAAUCCAGCCGGUGAUAGCACGCCAGAUGCUUCGGUACUGUUCCCAGGUGUCAACCUUGCGGCCUCGUACUCCGCAAACGCGCUUCCGGCGGCUAUUGCUAGGGGGGUUCGGUCACCUGGAGCAGGAGGGAACGUAGGCCUGCAAUCAAUCGAUGGUCAAGUGGGCUCGUUCCAGCAACAUCUCUCAGGGGUGCAUGGACGGGACGGACACAACCGGGUGAACGAGAGAUUGGCGUUCAUCAACCGGCAAGCGGCGCUGAGUCCGACUUCGUUCGGUCACAUGCAUGCGCCGGGCCACCACGAGCAGCACAUUAACGGGGGCGUACAUGGGACAAGGGAGCGCAGAAUGGAUCUUGCCGGGGCCGGUUUUGGGCCCUACGGUCAGACCGCUGCCGCUGAUCUAGGCUCGGAGUUCAACGACCCUGCUAUCGUCAACAUCCGCAUGGCCAACAACCCCCAAGCUAACAACCCCCAAGCCUUCCUCGCCCUUCCCCCGGGCCCGGAUCAAGCCUCACACCCCGCUCUCAACGAAAUCCAUGCCCCAUUCUCUCUUGCCAACGCUGGUUUCAAUCAUCUCCUUGCUCGCGCUAACCCCGGAGCCGGUUAUCGUCCACCCACUCAAGCCAAUGAUAACCCGAUCCAGACCCAGUUCGGUUUCCAAGCCGCUCUUCAUAACCAAAACGUGGGCACUGGAACUAUAGGCGCUCGACUCCAACAGCAGCAGCAGCAACAACAACAACAACAGCAACAACAGCAACAACAACAGCAACAACAACAGCAGCAACCAGCUGGGCAAAAUUUCUAUCAUCAUGCAACUGCUAAUCCUGGAACAGUUGUAGGAACUGGUCAGACUGGACUGAUGGGAAGAUGGUGAUUCUUGGGGGACAUCUUCAUCAAUCAAUUCUUUCCUGCUUGUUUUCCCACUUAAUCUCCUCCUUUUUCCUAUCUAUCUCAUUUUAAUUUUCUUUUACAUCAAUGUUCUGCUUUUUGUUGGUCCCUUUCCUUGUCUGCGUGUGUGUUUCUUUUGUGAGGGUUUGUUGAGUUUGAUUGUUUUUGUAGGACUUCCAAAAUCAAAAACAAACAGCUAUCAUGACUUAUCUCAUAUAUAUAUAUAACUUCUUCUUUCACACACCUUUUCCUUUUUUUCAUUCCUUUUUUUUUGACUUCUUCUUUGUCAUCAUCCACUACAUACAUCUUCUGAUUUCUUUUUACCAUAAAAUAAAUAAAACAUGAAUACAUUUUUUGAAUUUGAUAUACAUAUAAUAUUCCCUUUUCAUAUUUCCACACACAUAUAUAUAUAUAAACUUACAUAUAUACACAAUUCCAUCUUUGUGUUCUUUCCCAUCUAAAAUCAGUAUCAACUGUCUGUGGUGAGGGUCCAUCUUUGUGUUCUUUCCCAUC